AUGCUCGGAAUGAUGAAUUCUCCCACCGACGCAGUCGACUUCUACGCCACCCCCUCAUCGACCAGUCGAUUCCAGGACAACGCCGACAUUCGCGUCUUCUCCGAGCAAAAGGAACGUCGCCAAAUCUCGUACACAAAGGACGGUCGGAAGCUGGUGGACGGCAAGCUGGAGGAACAAAGCGAGAUCACCAGCGACCCAGCCAAAGCCUGGAACCGACUGAUUCUGAAUCGCAUCGCCACGAAUCAGAUCCCCAAAGAGAACAUCGAGAAGAAGCAAUCAAAAGCGAAAAGGAUUCUGAACCGCCUAAGUGGAAAAAAAGACAAUUCCGAACCCAUGCCCGAGAUCACCAUCGUGGAGCCGGUCACAGUGACGUCAGCCAACUUCAAAGUUCUUGAAAAAUCAUAA